AUGUCGUGCGCAACAAAGACGGUUACCUUCGACGCUACAACCACCAGCCGCGAGUGCAGCCCGUGCGGCUUCGACGAACGAACAAGCCUGCUUCGUCGGGGCAGAAGACAUUCCUACAAUGCGAUCCCUAGCCGGCGGCAGUCGAGCGUCUGCAACGCUGAUGCCGUCUAUGUUCGCGUCGAUCUCUUCCUCACCGAGUUGAGGAAUAGGCUGGACAGGUUGGAAAAACGCCGACAAGAGAGUCUUACAACGUUCGACGCACAGUUGGAGCGUGCUUACCAAGCGCUGAGAGAUGUUCGGGAUUCCUGUGCGCCGACUAUCUCCGGAGAGCUGUUAUGGGGUGCUGCCAGACAACGUGCCCUGAUAUUGGUGGACACCCUCGAGACCCGGUACAACGACAUUAUGCCAUCUCGUGAAGGUCUCGAACAGAAGGCGCAAGAAGGCAUGCGAUUGAUGGAGACAUAUCUAGCCGAACUGGAAUCUCGGGUGCACGAGACAAAGACUCAACUGUUGGAGACUGGGUGGAAGAAGGUCGAUGAUUCCCUCAACGCCACGAGGGAGAUGUUCGAGGAUGGCCUUGAUAAAGCCUUGCGCGCAAAGGACAUUCUUGCGGAGUCGGUCUCACAUGCUCUGACACGCGCUGCCGAGACAAGGCUCAUUCACUACGAAGAUCUCCCUGUCCCGUGGAGGAACAACCCACAUAUCCUCAAGGGCUACCGCUUCCACAAAACACCGCUCGAAUGCCUUGGCUCAAUCUUCCACGCUCACAACGAGAUGGUCAACAUUUGGUCACACGGCAUUGGCCUUAUUGUCGUGCUUGCCGUGGCAUUUUAUUUCUAUCCCUCGUCGGCAGCAUUUCCUCUCUCCAGCAAGAUGGAUGUCCUGGUCGCUGCUUGUUUCUUCGCCGCAGCUUGCAAAUGCCUGAUUUGCUCGACGAUGUGGCAUACCAUGAACAGCAUUUCAGACAAGUGCCUGUACGAUCGAUUCGCGUGCGUCGACUAUACCGGCAUUUCACUUCUGGUAGCGGCGAGCAUUCUCAGCAGUGAAUGGACGGCCUUCUAUUGCGAACCAGUGUCCAGGACGAUAUACAUGACCUUAACAGCCGUGCUUGGAAUCGCUGGAGCCAUCCUCCCCUGGCGAGAGAGCUUUAAUCGAGCUGACAUGGCCUGGUUCCGAGUGACGUUUUUUGUUACUCUAGCUGUGACCGGCUUUGCUCCUGUGCUCCAGCUGAACUAUACACGGGGUCCGGAGUGGACUUUCUAUUUCUAUGCGCCGAUUGCCAAAAGUAUGAUGGUAUACUUCACCGGCGCACUCAUUUAUGCCAGCCAAGUCCCAGAGAAGUGGUGGCCCGGCUCGUUCGACUACAUUGGAUGCAGCCACAAUAUCUGGCACGUGGCGGUUGUCUUCGGCAUUAUUUUUCACUACACUGCCAUGCAAGAGUUCUUUCAAGGAGCAUUUAAACGGGCAAGCGAGGGUUGUUGCUUGGGGUGA